AUGAUGCGGCAUCAUUUCUUUGACUCCAAUCGGCUUAUCAACGAUUACGGGAAAGAUAUAUUGGAACUUAUAGAUUGGCUACAAAGCCAAAACAUAUUGGAUCAGACACCAACAGAUCCUGUUAAUCUCGGACUUAAUAUCCAGGCUACUAGUUGGCAUUAUCUGUCGAGAUGUUGCGAGGAUAUAUGGCCCGGGCGAGAAUUCUUUAUUGGGAAGGCAAAGGACGCCCUCGGGGUUCCGGUACUUGACAACUGCCGAUGCUGGUGUGCCCCCUUGAGUAGGGGAUGUACGCCACUAACGACAGCUUUGAAGUCAUACGUCAAAGAAGUAGAUGAGCCAAGCUCACCUAUUUUAUGCGACUUAUUCCACACAGCCAUUCGAGAUACCGAGUCCAGUGGAUGGCACGUAAGAGGCCGGUGUAAGGAGGUUAUCCGAUUUUUAACUUUCGAGGCUCUAGAAAUGACACAUACUUGUUGUGAAUUCACUGUCAUCGAUAGGCCAGAUAUAUCACGAGAGGAAUUUCAUGUGCUCAUGAAUUGCGCCCCAGAAAGGUGGCAGAAGAUCAGAAGUGAUCAGCGUGAACAAGAGAACGCCGCCCUUCUAGAAAUCUUGAUGGAAGAAUUCAUAGCAUACAUGAUCCAAAUGCAACCAAACCCAAGGUCUCUCGAGAUAUUUGUGAACGGUUAUUGGCGGAGGCGCAUGUCGGAAAUCUAUGCUGUUGACCUCAACGAGGUCAAAGUCAUGAAGAAUUGCUUGGUUGGCACCAAGACUUUCGUACUACCGGACAGGGCUAGAGCUUUGCUUAGCGAGGACUUCAAACUUAUUGAACUGCAAGACCUGAAGUCAGCGCUGCCAGUUGGAGAAAUAUCUCACGGCAAGGAGAUCGCGAAUCCUUCAAAUUGCUUCGUCACUGUAGUUAUUGUGAAGAUCCCAGAUGAAAAUUGA